AUGCCGAGCCGGUUGAAUCGAUACAAGUCUUGUGUUGCACCGCUUUAUACUUACAAUGCAUCGACUUCAGGGGCGCGGCCUAUCAUUGGGCAAGCUCUGCGAAUGGCCUUGGAGAAUGGCAUGCAUACAGAAAUGCGCAGCCAGAAGGUGGACGAUGCCCUAGUCCAAAGGUGUCGUAAAGUGUGGUGGACUGUCUACAUCCUCGAUCGCCAGAUGUCCUCCCUAAUGGGAGUACCGAUGGGGAUUGGGGACGAGUCAAUCAAUGCAGAGCUACCUACCUUUCCCAAUCAGCCGCAGAGAACAAUGGCGAUGGACAUACAGAUCAAGCUUUCCAGGGUACUCGCCCAGAUACUCAACACCGUGUACGGUAACGAAGCACGGCUAGACAAACGCUUCCUCGUCGUCACAAAAGAAGCCCUGAAGAGUGUUGCCAAUGUUACCGAUGAACUGAAUGGCUCGUUCAGCAUUCAAGGGACCGGUCCCAGGGCCAGUAUUUCAAGACUAUCUGGCUAUUUGCAUCUUUUGUACCACCAGUGUAUUGUUCUCACAACACGACCAAUACUUUACAGCUUUCUGCAAGGUCGGAUGGAACAGUCGGAUGCAAACAUGAACACGUCGAAUCAUCCAUUCAAAAGUGUCCGCACCUUGCUGCAGAUGUGCAUUGAAUCUGCUCAGCAGAUGUUAAGCAUCCUGUCGACCUUGCAGGAUCACGGCCUUCUUGAAAGCUUUCUUCCUUUCGACUUAGAUGCCACCUUCACCUCGUCCAUUGCCCUUCUGAUGGCAGCACGGGUCGAUCCCUCUCUAAGCAAAGACCGUUUGCAUUGGUCGCAGCGCUCUUCCGAAGUUCUAGACGAGAUGAUAUCUCGAGGCAACCUAGUUGCCAAAUUGAUCAAGUUAGAGCUGCAACAAUUAGAGGCGAUUCUGAAUCGCUUGCCUCCUGGCGCAAUACCUCAGCGAAGCACUGUUCCCAGGUCAUCAGGUAUGCCUGGCUAUGUGGCACAGAAUGAACGCCAAGUGCAACACCUUGGCCAGCAACCACCACCAUCUAUUCAACCUCCACCUAAUCCUCCUCCUUCAUACGUGGCCUCUUCACAAUCUCUGCCCGAGGACUUCUAUAUUGAAGAACUGAACUGGCAGGACGGAUUCACGGCAGAACAGCUCAUGGACUUUGCGGACUCAAUGGAUAUGGAUGCACUGGACUGGUUCUCUGUGGAAGGAGCGCAACGAACAUGA